AUGGGCGGCGGCGGCGGGCGCGGCCCCGCUCGCACGCAGGGAGACUCCGGGAGCGCCGAGCCGCGAAGCGCGGGCACCGCGGGAGUUCGGAGGGGACGGAAGGCGUGCGAGGCGAGGGCGGCUGGCUGCAGCCGGGCGGCCCCCGGCCGAGGCGAGGAGCGCUGGAGCAGCCUGCCGCCGGCGGCGGGGAAGCCUCCAUCCCGGCGGACGGCGGUGCCGUGCCGGAGCGGGGCGGCGGGCUGCCGGCUCUCGAAGCGCAGCAGUGCAUCGAGCGGAGGGGGACGACGACAAGGGGACUCACCCGGGCUUGGCGGGACAGCGCUGGAGACGCCGCUGCCGCCGCCUGGAGGUGGGGCGGUCAGGUUGUUCUGGCUCCCAGCGGCGUCGGGAGGCCGGGGGGACACAGCACCCGCCGCCGGGGAGAAGCGUCGAGGCUGUUCUGGGGCGAACAGAGGCUGCCGGAGGAAGAUGGUGCUCCUGGGGAAACAACACCCUCCGCUCCCCCCCCUCUCCCCAGCGCGGGCGGUCUGCUCGCCUUUGAUUGCGAGGCGAGGGCAUCCUGCCCCCGCCGCUCCCCCCUCCCGGGAUGGUUACAUACAAAGGCUGCUUUCCAGGAACUUUCCAGGAACCGCAUCAUGUGACAGGACCCGCUCCGGCGCCUCCGCCGCGAUCGCGGCCAGCCGGGGCCGACGCACCGAGCCGCCGCCCCUGUCACGCCGGGGCAGCGGUCGCCGAUCGCUGCCCCGCGGCCCCCCCGCCUCCUCCUCCUCCGCCCGCGGAGCCGCGGGAGACGCGCAGGCAAAAAUCCCUUUCAUGACCAAGGAAGGAGGCAACAACGUUUUUUACAGUCCUGCGAAGCGCCUGUUGCUAGAAAUGAUUUUCACUUUGUUCCUGAAAAGUAUGCCAAGUUUACUGGUGUUUGCUGGUGAUGUUUCAAAUAGAAGCAGGAGGGAGCAUGAGCUUUCCAGUGGAACAUGUGACAGCAGGGACCUGCUCCAGGUAGAUGGAGGAGUCUCAACUGGGGCAUCUCUGAAGUGGAGACUUGACUGGUGACUGAAAUUGUUUAGAAAAGACUAAUUACUUGUGUGAGUAAUCUAAGGUAAUCUGAAAUCAGGUCAUCUCUAAAAAUGCUGUGGGUUCACAUUGCCUGAUUUCAGAGGGCAAGCUUGUAUUUCUAAAUUUAAAAAAAGUCCCUUCUGAUGUCAAGAAGGACUUAUACUGGGAAUGUAAGAGGAAUAGAUAUGGCUUAUAUUCACACUAGGUGGGCUAGUCCCCUCUAGACCAGAGUCCCAUAUUCACAUCCCACAGUCCUCCUUGGACUCCAUCUGGCGCCUCCCCAGACCCAACAUGCAGUUCUAAUUUUUCUGUAUUGUCUUGUGAAGUUUGUGAAGUGAUGUGAAACUGUCCUGUGGUCACUGAGAAGGGUGCUUUCCUCACAUCAGAGUGAGGGUACGUGUUGUAUGUUCUGGGAUGCGGUAAUGUUUGAGGGCGCAGACAGCUUGGGUGGUUUGGAAGAGCAGGUCAUGUGAAGUCAAGCAAGAUGUGACCUUGGUGCUGUCCCUGCAGCAGUGGGAAGCCACUGCUCUCAGGAGGGUUUGUGGAACAGGGGGAGGCAGUGAAGAGGUGUGGGAGCAGGGGGGCCUGAGCUUGCUCCAAACUUCCACAAUAACAACGUGCCCAGAGGGAUCCUGAACAUCUCUCUGCUGCCGGCAUCACCUCGGGUGUGGUUAAGCCCAGGGUCCUAGUUUCACCUGCCAGAGUUACACAGGUAUUUUUACUGCAGACUAAAUGCAGCACUGUUAAAGAAAUACCAGGCUUUUCCUGCAUAAUUUCCACAAAGUCAUGAGUUAAAACUUGGUCAUAUUGAAAAAAAAAACACUCACCCAGUUCUAUUAAUUCAAGCUUUUGUCCCUGGACUGGACAAAGCACUGUGAAAGUACUAACCACUGUUGCUCUUCUCCUCACAGGCCAUUGUGUCACCUUACCAGUGGCCUCUCUGGGUUCACUUCAAAUCUUUCUUUUUUUUCAUUCAAAAGUCAGUGAGUUGUAAACCCUUGCAGCCAACACCCAGCAUGUUUCUUUCAGUAUUUUAAUACAAAUAUAUGGUCUAGAAAGGGAAUUUCCCUGUCAUUUUUCUUACCUCUGCUUAUGAUGAAUUUCCCAUGAAUUUUAUUUGCUCCAUGCUUCUACUCUGGAUAGGAAAUCCUUUUUUCUUAAUCUAGUUUUAAAUAUUGUGGAACUCGCUACCACUCUGUUACUUCAUCACUAAUGCCAGGAUUUUCACUGUAGGAAAAAUGGCAUGGGAGAAAGGAAUUCUGUAAACAUCUAUUCUUGGAAAAUAACAAAUGAACCCACACUGAAACCAGACAGUAUUAAAAAUUACAAAAUAAAUUUAAAAAAGGAUAUGAAACCUUCUGUUACUUAUACCAACCAACCAAAUGUUAACUAAUUAAGGGUAAAGGAAAUAUUUUUCCUAGCAUCUGUUUAUUAUUCAGUAGAAACAAUCAGUUGGUCUUAACUAAAGCAAAGGUGAUUCCUGCAGCACAGCUCUGAUCCAGUGUAACUUCUACAGACGAUGAGUUCAGAAAAACAGUACUUAGCAUAUUAUUUGUUUCAACAAAUCACAUUUGAAUGAGAACAGUGUUUAAGACAAGAAACUUCAGCAGUGUUUAAAAAACUUGGUGCUAAUGAUUAGGAGUGUUUAAAAAACACUGAUCUUUGCAUGAAACUAUUAAGCUCUGUUUUGUUACCAUUAAUGAGUAGGAAAUACAUGUUUGCACAGGAGGGUCAUGCUUCAAUAGUUUAAUCUUUUACUUAGGUUAAUUUUUAUUCAACAUGGUAAUGACUUAGUGCAAUAACUUUUCACUGUUAAUUUAAAUUUUCUCUGUGACUUUCAUGGUCAGCAUGUUAUUAGUUUUAGCAGAAGAGAUGCUAAAAAACAGAUCUUGUAGAUUUUUUUUUUUUUUAAAUCAUCUCACAUUUUGCUGGUAGGAAGAUCCUUUUGCUGAGGUAUUAAACUUUGGUAGCAGUCAAAACUGGUCUUAUUCAAAAAGGUAAACUACCUCUGGCCUGACACUGUUUUUCAUCUUGACAAGCAGAAAAGCUGAAUAUAAGCAGAACUUUUUUCUUUAUUUGUAUUCCAUAAAGACCAGGUGACAAAGAUUCUUAGUUCUAUUGGCUGUGCCAACAUCUUGUGUUUUCUCUACACAACAAAAAACUUUGUGAUACAUUAUCACUUCUCACCUACAUCAUGACGGUUAAUAAAGUGGCAUGACAGGCCAUAAACUUCUACUUCUCCAGAAGCCGUGAGAUGCAAAAUUACUGACCAAACAUGCUGUUUAGUUCAUGCAGCUUCCACAUACCUCCCACUGUCUGACCUGCAGUGUUCCAACAGCUGUAGUUAAACACAGGGGAACUAACAUUCUCUAGCAAUUAUAUUUAAAGUUUCAGAUAAUUCCAUGCAAAUUGCCCAGAAAAUCAUAAUUUAUCAUGUUUGUUUUUGUAGAAGUACCUAAAGAUAACUGUUGAAAUCAUAGGCUCAUUUUAUAAGAGGUGCCAGAAAGAUACAUAAGUAAUUAUCUUAUUUCUCCAAACAGCUUAUAAUUUUUAGCAUUAGAGGGUUGAUUAAAUACAAGAUGAGAUUAAAAUCCCAUACACAGUGUACAUUUACAAAUUAAAUGUAUGUGAAUUAACUCUAUAUAGAAAACCAAGAACUCCUAUAUACAUACUAUUGAAGGCUAGCAGAAACACCAAAAAAUGGUUUUAUCUGAAUUUUAAGAGUAUUUAAAUUAAAAAAAAAAAAAUUAUAGGUAUCUGAAUCUCAUCUUCAUCCUUCCGUCACAGAAAAGGAAAAUGCAUCUCCAGAGAACAACUGUGUGACAUAUUCUAGACAAUAAAAUGUUAAAAUAAGAUCAAUUGCCUUGUGCGUGUACUUUUUCUGUGCUCACUGAACAUAAGGGGAGCCUGUGAAGAUUAACUCAGGUUUAGAUGUCUAAUUAGUAUCUGUCUCAAUUUUGGAGAUAACCCAAGCUUUUAUGUAUCGUAGGUACACAAUUUGUUCCUUUAUACUGGUGACUAGCAGGUUUGCUCUACACCAAUGUUGUUAUAUUGCAGCAUUAAAAAAAUAUACAUCAUCUAUUACAGAUGAAGAAUGCCGUUUACAUCUAUUUCAUCUCUCAAUUUCAUAACUUUGUAUUGGCUUUGAGGACAGAAUGAGCAUGUGAGAAAUUACAGCAGAGAAGCUGCUAAAAUGUAUAGAGUGGACUGAGAAAUGCAGUGCUAGCUUCAACAAGCAGUUGGUGCUGACUUAUAAUGACCUGCCACAACGAUUUAUUGUGGUAUAGCAGAAUUUGGACAUGACAGAUGAAGUUCAGACCUAUUACAACAGCAGCAUGAGAGAAGUUUUCUAUAGAAGUUAACAGCUGGAGGGGUGGGGAGGGAGGGAGGGAAGGAUGGGUGGGCAGAUGGGCAGGUGGGUACUACUGCCUCCAGUGUAGUCAUGGGGAAGUGAAACACAGUCAUGACACUUGACAGGUGGGUCCCAUUACUGCCCCACUGUCGACUCUUUUUUUUUUUUUUUUUCCCAGACUGGGAUGGUGGAACUUUUUUUGAGUCUCCGAGACACCCUACAAAAGUUAAAGCACUCAAGUAAAAAACCUUUGAGGCUUGAAAUCCAAGGCAGAGCCCGGCCCCGGUGCCGCUCCGGCUGUGUGCGGUGCUGCCUCCCGGUGGUGCCACGCACAGGCUGCACAGCAGCUCCCGCGGCGCGCACCCAGGGAAAAACCCGCCUCCAAAGCAUCCGUUUGGGUUUCAUCUGGCCAGAAUUCCAGGAGGGAAAAGAAUGCUUUUCACUGAGGCACCAAGAUUAAUUGAGCUGCGGUUGAAAUGGUCCGAAUUCCUGCUCGGGAGCACUGGAGCAGGCUGCCCGAGGAGGUUGUGGUUUUCUUCUCUGCAGACGUUCCAAAUGCAGCUGGCUGUGCUCCUGCCACCUCCUGCAGGUGACCCUGCCUUAGCAGAAGCGCUGGACAAUACGAUCUCCAGAGGUCCCUUCCAAACCUAACAAUUCUGUGAUUCUGUGAAUUAAAGGGAAAUUUUUUAAUAUAUGAUGGAAACACUUUUCUAAUGGCACGCAGGGCAAGCAAGGCUGAGGAGAAUGUUAGCGAGACAUUUAAAAACCAGAAAUCCCUCAGUAAGAUGUACCAAACUGUCUACUAUACACAGCAACGAGCCCAAGAUGCUCUAGAACACUAGUAGAUACAAAGCAAAUGCCUAAGUGCCCGAACUUGGAUACAAAGUGCCAGAACAGACUUAAUAUUGCAAAUUUUAUGCAACUUAAGUUUUCAAUUACAAAGAAUUAGGGCAACAGAAAAUAGAAAUCCCAAACUAACUUUCAAAUGUUUUUUGGUUUUUUUUUUGGUGUUGGGGGGUCUUUUGUUUGUUUUGUGUUUUUGUUUUGUUUUUGGUUUUUUGAAUAGAAGCAGAACAAUAAUCAAGUGAAUGAAUUCUGAAUUCUAAGUUUUCAAGUGAAGAGAAACAAUGACAAUUGUUUGAGACCUAGAAAACCAAGAAGAGAGCUUCAGGUUACUGUGAGAGUAGUAUUUUAAUUGUGUCAUACCUCAGGUAACCCAGAAAAAAGAUUUAGUAAAAGAAAACACUGUAAGACUGAGGGCAGCAGCACAAUGCAGGGAAAGAUUUUAAAACAUCACUGCUAUGAAUUAAUAACAAAAGGGAACAGGGUACAACAUGUAGUGAACAUGUGUUUUAGACAGUUUCCAGCCACUGGGCAGAAGAGGAAGUACUUUAAAGAUAGCAGCCAAGAACAUAAUAGAUUUUUAGCCCUCAAAAUGCCUGAAAAGCAUCCAAAAGUGUUUGGGAAACAUUGUGAAAUCCAGUAUUUCUACAGUGAUAGUAAAUGUUUGAUCACAAACAGGGUUUGACAGGCAAGAACAGAUAAAUGUCAUACCAAAGAUUUCUCUGUAAAGCAAAAUUUCUUAGUAGCAUUAGGCAGCAGUAAGCAAAAAUAUG